UAUGUUGGUAAUAUCAAAGGAGGGAUGAAACCAGCCAUGAAGAUCACCAUCAUGGGAGUUGUAGACGUCAGACCCAAGAGUCCCGAAGAUGCAGAGGAAGACGUGGCUCUCCUACUGACAGUCAACUUCCAAGACAGAUCUAUAAUCCGAAAUGCCAAGUUUGCAGGAAUUUGGGGUGCAGAAGAGAAAAAAAUUCCAUAUUUCCCCUUCACUCCUGGAAACAACUUUAAGAUGGAGAUCCUCUGUGAGCACCAACAGAUGCGGGUUCUAUUAGAUGGACAAGGACUCUGCGACUUCACACAUCGUGUCCCACAGCUCAAAGCAGUGACGGGUCUUAGGGUCACAGGAGACAUUAAACUUACAAAGGUGGCAUAACACUAAAGCCCGGGGCACUUGGGAUGCAGUCCCCUAUCUACUUGGUACCAUUCUACUACUUGCUUAGUACCAGUCUGCUAUCUGCGUGGUACCAUUCUACUACUUGCUUCGUACCAGUCUUCUAUCUGCGUGGUACCAUUCUACUACUUGCUUAGUACCAGUCUGCUAUCUGUGUGGUACCAUUCUACUACUUGCUUAGUACCAGUCUGCUAUCUGCGUGGUACCAUUCUACUACCCUUUUGGUACCAUUUUACUACUUGCUUGGCACAAGUCCAAUAUCUGCCUGGUGGCAUUAUAUUAUCUGAUGCCAGUCCACCGUUUGCCUGGCACAAUUUUACUACUUGCUUGGAACUUGUUCGCGGUCAGUCUAAAAGCUAAAUUAACUUGGUUCAUCUAUGAGACAUCAUAGUGUCAUUAUAAAUUACGGACCCCAGUGACGCCCAUCAGACCCCAUGGACUCCAGUGGCUUCCGGCAUCCUGCCAGACAAAAUGCUGCUGCCUGCUUUUUCUCAGAAUCCACAGCCGAGGGUCCUAUGAAACCUCUGCCACUGAUCUGAGCCUCAUGUAUUUGGUCACA